ACUAUGAAACGAGGCCUCAGUUGUACAAACUUGGUGGGUCGGGUCGUCCAAGAGUGGACAAACGAGAGCAUCGGCUCCGAACGGACCCAUGAAUCUGUCCUCCUGGUUCCGGCGAUCCCUUUCAAGCACCAGCCAACAGACCGAAAACCCAAAUCCUACGCAACAAAAACAACAACAACAACAGCAACAAGAAGAGCUGCUCCUCGGAGUCACCGAGCAACUGAUUGAUUUCCUCAAGUCCCUCACUGUCGACACCUUCAAGAAUUUCCCUCUACAGGAUGAUGAAGGAGCUGCUUGUGGUGAUGGUAACCUUACAACUUCGGGCAAUGUCCGAAGGGAUCUCUCCGAAUGGCAGGAGCGGCAUGCUCUUCUAGUGAUCUCGAAAGUCAAGGAAAUUUCCCAACUUAGAUACAUGCUAUGCCCUCGUCACUUGAAGGAGCGACAGUUUUGGAGAAUAUAUUUUAAGCUUGUCAAGAAUUAUGUGGCUGAAUAUGAGCUGCGUGCAGUUCAAGUAGCAAAACUAAAAAGUAUGGCAAUGGAGAAUGAGAGAUCUUCAGAUAACAGCACAUAUGAAGUUGAAAUGGCAGAGGCAAAGCAUGCCGAGAGUUUAGCACCCUCCAUAGAAUGACAAUAUGCAUUUGCUCUUCAGGAGCAUUGUGAAUGCAGACGUGGGUAUUUGUUUUACUUAUAAAGGAAUGCCUCGUGCAUUUCUUACGCGGAUUGUAUGAUGAUCUGCUCAAGGCAACUUUGUUUUAGUAUUUCGCACUUAGUUUGUUGGCCAAAAAAAAAAAAAUUCUCCCAUUAGAUGAUUUGACUGUAACCAGAGUAUGAAGUGAAGAUUUCAAAUUCCAAAGCUUUUUUGGAUGGAAUCUUGAAGAUGGCUUUUGUAAUAGAUACAACUUUUGUUCAUAAGGGUUCUCUCAUCAGAUUCCUUUCAUCUUUUUAGUUA